AUGGGAUUUUCAAUCAGCUCCAAUGGUGAUUCAUCAUCCAACCACCAUACUCUGAAGAUCUUUCUUCUAUGCAAUUACAUCAUCCUGGGUGCCGCCUCGAGUUGCAUUUUCCUCACGCUCUCCCUCAGAUUAGUCCCAUCACUCUGCGGAUUCUUCUUGAUCCUUCUCCACAUCUUGACCAUCGUCGGGGCGAUUUCGGGCUGCGCCGCGGCUUCCUCCGGCGCAGGGAAAUGGUACGGGGCCCACAUGUAUUAUGCCUAUAUGGAUGGGGAUAACAAUGGUGGUGGUGUCAGUGGUUUGAAGAGAAGUGCCAAGGUUCAAAAUCAGGAGGAUUUGAAGGAUUGGCCAUGGCCGUUUCAAGUUUGA